AUGGAGGGAGCUGGAAGAGAUGCCAACCCUUUGAGCGGUUACCGAAUUCGCAGAACCCUGGGAUUUGGGUCGUUCGGUAAAGUGAAGAUCGGGGAACAUAUAUUGACUGGCCAUGAGGUGGCAAUCAAGAUCCUCAAUCGCCGCAAGAUCAGAGGCUUGGAAAUGGAAGAGAAAGUGAAGAGAUAUCUCAAGAUGCUGAGAUUAUUGAUGCAUCCUCAUAUCAUACGCCUUUAUGAGGUGAUAGAUACACCUGCUGAUAUUUAUGUGGUUAUGGAGUAUUGUAAAAAAGGAGAGUUGUUUGAUUACAUCAUUGAGAAAGGAAGACUACACGAACAAGAAGCAUGCCGUUUUUUUCAGCAGAUCAUAUCUGGGGUUGAAUAUUGCCAUAGGAAGAUGGUUGUCAACCGUCAUUUAAAGCUAGAGAGUAUUCUUUUGGAUUCAAGAUGCAAUGUUAAGAUUGCAGAUUUUAGCUCAAGUAAUGUUAUGCGUGAUGGUCACUUUCUUAAGACGAGUUGUGGUAGCCCGAAUUAUGCAGCACCUGAGGUCAUAUCUGGUAAACUAUAUGCUGGUCCUGAAGUUGAUGUCUGGAGCUGUGGCAUUAUUCUUUAUGCUCUUCUUUGUGGCACUCUCCCAUUUGAUGAUGAGAAUAUUCCAAACCUUUUUAACAAAAUAAAGGGUGGAAUAUAUACCCUUCCUAGUCAUUUAUCACCUUCAGCGAGGGACUUGAUUCCCCGAAUGCUGGUUGUUGAUCCAAUGAAAAGGAUUACAAUACGGGAAAUCCGUGAACAUGUGUGGUUCAAUAUUCAACUUCCACGCUAUUUGGCUGUGCCGCCUCCAGACACUGCACAACAAGUUAAAAAGCUCAACGAGGAAACUCUUAAUGAUGUUCUUAAUAUGGGUUUUGACAAGAAUCAGCUAAUUGCAUCUCUGCAAAACAGAUUGCAGAAUGAGGCAACAGUUGCCUAUUAUUUACUCUUGGAUGAUAGGCUUCGUACAACCAGUGUUUAUCUUGGAUCUGAUUUACAAGAAUCUAUGGAUUCAUCUUUCUCUCAAGUAAUCGCUGAAACACCAACUUCAGCAACUGAACUUCAGCAGCAUGUGUUUACAGAGGGAACAUUUGGAUGCUUCGCUUUGCCUUGCUUUGCUUGGCUCGGCAUCAAGAUACACCGUUUGGUUGGUUUGCUUCAAGUCUCGGUUCUUGCGCUUUCCACAAUUUUCGUCGCCAACCCAAGCGACCUGAAAUCGCUUUGCGCAGCUGGCAAGCCUGGCCUUGCUGAGCGAGGCGAGGUGAGCUGGCCACGUAAACCAACCAAACACGCCCAGAAUCUCCAGGAUCCAGCUUGA